UAUGCUGUGAGUGGGCGCGCAUCCCCCGGACUGGAAUGUCUGUCAUCUCUCGCGCUGACAUCACGCAGAGGAUUUGCCACAAUGUCAAACACAAGCGAACAGCGCGCGCUCAUGGCUUCCCCGCACCGUAAUAACACGCAGCACCUCGUGCGUCGGCUCGUGCUCUAAUCAUUAAACUCCUUUUUAUGGGUCCUUUCUGUGUUCUAGGAUGCUUUUCGGAUCCAUGUAAGCCUGAUCAAGUCAGAGUUCAUGCUGAGGAGAGAGUCUGACACCCACAGCCUGUUUACCUCUGGAGAUACAUCUGAUAAUCACUGUGAGGAAGCUCCGCUAUGUGAACACUGUGGAAAAAACCGAGUCAUGUUAACCAGGUUCUCUGAGGGAUAUGGAACAGAGGAGGAGUGCGGACUAUCUGACCCUCAGGGGGAAAGCGACGCAGACGCUGACAUAGAGGACACAGACUGCAGACUUCAGGAGCACAGUUCUCUGCAGCGAAUCAGCUCGCGCAGACGCAAGCGUCCGCGGGUGGCGCGUCAAGACACGACGGAGAGCGAGGACGACGGUGGGCGGAGCCACAAAAGCCAUCGCUGGAACCUGCGCCUCAGCCCUGACAGAGCGCACAGCAGGACCAUCCUGGAGGAGAGUGUCUCACAGGUGAGGCCACUGAUCAUCGCCAGGCCCAACGCUGAGAUGCAGAACAGUCCAGCAGAUUGGCCCCCAGGCUCUGAAACGAUGUCCCUGUGGCCCCCGUCCCUCUCUCUCCCCAUCAAACUCCUGCUGCUGCUGCCGCUCUCCCUCUCUCUCGUCAUUCUGAUCAUCUCCUACUUGCUGCCCUGGACGGCCACAUGACGGCGUUUUUUCAACCGUCACACUAACGUCAUCCUGCAAUAUUCUAUAGUAGAUAACUUAGCCUUUAAACCUUAGUAAGGAUUAUAAAAGCAGUUAAAGAUGAUUAGAACUGAUGAUUCGUGUCAAAUGGUUUUCUUGCUACAUCAUAAGGCAACGCUUUUCAUGGAGCGAACAGUCGCAGUAGAAAUAAAAAUACAAGCCGAGUUCUUGGCUGCGUCUCACCCUAAGUUUCAGUUUCUCACCCCCUCGUUUGUAAAAAUAGACCUUGAUCUGGAGGGGGGGAGGAUAUCAGGGCUGCACAGAACCUUUUAAAACCCUUCAUAGGAAAACAUGUGAAAGGCGACGCUCAAACACUAUGCAAUUCUGUCCCUCCGGCAUCGAGAGGGUUCUUAAUGAUCUUCUAUGUCACCGUGUCCUUGCCCCUUUUGCCCCUCCCCUUUUCUGUUCUUAUAGUGCUCUGAAUAUUGUUCAGAUAUAGCGCCUUUAUGGUUCGAUCAACAGAACAUCUUAUUGAUGCACAGAUUAAAUAAUUUUAUUUAUUUAUAUGUGUUCAAAAGGAAAUAUGCUGACCUCAAAACAAAAUAAGCUUUUGUGGAAAAAUGCUGUAACUGUACAAUUCAUUCAUAUAAAACCACAUAUUACCAUCAUGUAAACAUGACAAGUGCUGAUCUUAUUUAUUUUAAAUUAUGUUUAAUUGCUGUUUAGAAAACCGACCUUGACAAUCAAUCAUGCUAGUUGUUACAAGCUGAAAUGCAAAACUGGUAAAAGCAUUUCAGCUUCUCUGUACUGUAUAACAUUUAUUCAUUUGUUCAAUUUUGUUGUUUUAUUUAUACUUUGCAUUGCUAUUUAAUCUUUUUGUGCUGCUUUCCAGGAGAGAAAAGUGGUGAUUAUUAUUUAUUAGUAUAAUUUUAGUCUGUUUUCUAUUAAAUACUGUGAAUUAGUUCAGUAUAUGAAACUUCAACCCUGCUGUAUUGCUCUUCCUAAAGCUUCUAUUUCUUCCAGUGUAUAAAAACAUUCAUCUCUGUGUUUCGUUGGGCAAUAAUUAUCAAUAAAACAAGAUUGUAUUUUAACAGAAAAAAAAGAGGUUUGCUGCUCAGUGUCUUUUUGAA